AAUCACUGGCUGGACUCAUGGGGACAACAAGGUGCUAGUGGUAGUGUUUUUAAGGGAUGACAGUUUCAGUCAGUGUAACAUCUUGUGCUCCUCAAGCUAAAGACUUGGAGCUAAUGCAGGAUGAGAAGACUCCAUUUGGUGGUGACUUCACUAAAGAAGGGCCUGAUCCAAGAAAUGACCUAAUAAGGUGUGUCUUGCCAAGAACAGACGAUCAAAAUUCAUGUGUAGAAAUGGAGGAAAAGAAAGAAAAUGGAUCCAGUGAGGAACUCAAGUCUUCUGGUGUUCCUUGUAAAGAAAAUGAAAAAGCAGCUAACCAGGAGGAAACUUUUGAAGUAAACCAGGAAUGUGUUACAGCUUUUAACACAGUGAAGCAAGGAAGAGCUGUCAGUCGUGGAAGAAGGAAAAGUGAGAAUAAAGAUUAUAAUCCAAAGUCUCAAAAUGGUGGGAGGAAUCGUGGAAGGAAGAUCUCCAAAAACAGGGAUUACGAGAACAGCUCAAGCAAUGGUGGAAAUUCAGGAGCAGAUGGCAAUGGGGAAGAUAAUGGUAGUGAUGAUGACGAUGAUGAUGAUGAUGCUGAUGAUGACGAUGACGAUGACGAUGAAGACGAUGAAGAUGAAGGAGAUGAUGAUGAGGAUGAAGAGGAGGAAGAGGAAAGUAAAAAUGAGGAUGAUGAUGACGACAUUUCAUUAAAUGGAAAUGACAAGAAUGUAAAACAGGUGAAGAUCAAGCAAGAACCUCCAGAUGAUCAAGAGACUCUUCCCAGUGGACUUCAAGGAUUCAUGGCGGGUUUAGAUGGCAACAUCCCAUUAGCAGAUCUUUUAGAAAAGCUUCCCAAUUCUUUGUGUCAAGGUGAUGAAAACAGCUCUACUCCUGCAUCACCUGGUGCCCCUGUGACCCUUCAUGGAAUAGUCUGCCAUGAAAUUGGCGGAGUAUUGGUUGUCAACAUCAAGUGGAGAGACAAGUUUUAUUGCGGUUCCCUGAUGGACUGUUCUCACCAUGCUUGGGCUAGCCCAAGAUUUCCUGCUAUAGAUGGCGGUGAAAAUGAAAUGAAGAUGGGUGGAAAAGGUGGAAAGGGUAAAAGGAGACAGAAAGGCAGUUCGGUAUCGUCAUCUGCAGGAAGUGUGAAUAAGGAAGUUACCCCACUCAAGCACAAACUUCGUGGUCGAAAGAGAGGUGUAUCAGGCUGCCCCCCACCAAAGUCCCAAGGUUUUAAGGGUCUUGGGAAAAGACGGUCUAAAAACAUAGAUGAUGAUGAUGAUGGGACACGGCGACCUGGAAAGCGAAGCUGCACAAUGAAAACAACAGUGUCUCCUCAACCAUCUCCAACAUUGAUUGAAUGUCCUGAGCCAGGAUGUGACAAAAAGUACAAGCACAUAAAUGGACUACGCUAUCAUCAGGCACAUGCUCACCUUGAGGAGUCUAACCAAUCAGAUGAGAGAUCUGCCAGCACUAGCCCCUCCCCUGUGGAAGAGUUUAAAGAGCCUGAUACAAAAACAAGCUUUAAGGGAAGGACAUCUCGUGUUAGUGCCAGGGCACGGAGUGUGUCGCCAUCUUUAGCAGCUGCUAUUGCUUCCAUGAAUGAGAAAAAGAGUGAGUCCUCCAGAGGAGCGGUUAACAAGAAAAAGGAAAUGAUUGAAACAUGCACUGAUACUACAGCCACAAAGGAGGCUAAAAUGUCAGAAUCACCCAUUCCUUCAACAGAAGAUGCUUCCGAGAAGGAUACUACUGUAUCAUUUGUGGAGAGUUCUGAUAAAUGUCAACAGGCUUGUGAACAGGACAUCAGGUUAGAGAAUGAUAUCCAAGAGAAAGUUGACCACAUCAAAGAAGAAAAUAGUUUUCAGCCUGUACUAGAAGAGCAGAAAUCUUCUGUUAAGAGAUUGGAUAAAGAAGAGACAAUAAGAGCUAAUGAUUCCUCCAACUCGUCCACUCUCUCUAUUCCAAUACCUAUGUGCACAGCAACCACAGAUGAAAUGCAAGGUUGUGGAAAAGAUCUCAUGAAAUCUGAUACUCCACAGGCUAGCCAAGAGGUUUGGGAAACUGUUAUUGACAGCGGGUUUAGUGUGGCAAAUGGGGGCAGUAAAUCCCUUAACCAGGAGGAGAGGAUCAGCAUAAGUCAAGUGGAGGAUAUGGAGAAAGUUCUUGUGGAAGGCAGUUUUGAUGGCAAACAUUCAAGCAACAAGCUUAGCAUUCCUGGGGUGCAGCCCGUUGAUCUUCGGCAGGCUGUUGACAAAGGAGUAGGGCUAAUUAAUCAGUUAGGCAUUGAAGUUGAGGACAUCAGUGAGACUGAAGAAGACAUUGAUCCUGGCCAAGAUUCUGAAUACACAAGCAAAGAUGUACCAGAUUUGUCCUGCUCUGCCUCAGAUUCAGACCAAACGAAUCCUAGGCUCUCUUUUUCUGCAAGAGAUAACUCUUUGAGCAAAGCUGAAAAAUCAGAGGUAACUUCCAGCAAGAGUUUCGUAGGUUCUGAUGCACUUAUAACAAAGCCUGAAAGUAGCUUUUACUUUGGUGUCAAAGCUGAGGACACUUUUGCUGAAGAGAAAAGGAACAAAAACCAAGAUGGAAAGUUACUAUCUCAAUUUGAAAGUAGAAAGAGUGAGUUAUGGCCCUCACAAACUGGUGCUCCUGAGAAGUUAUCUGCACAGACUUAUGUGCCAUUUCAGAAAAAUCCUGAAACAACACAAACAGUGGUAGAUGACAAAAGUAUCAAAACUUCAGCUGGAAAUAUUUCCAUGGAAGCACUUGUUUCUAAGAGCAUUUCCCGAAGUGCUGUUGAACCACCCCUAAUUAACAGUGAUGCCCCUUCAAUGCGAUAUAAAUUUUUUGAGUGCAGAAACUAUGGCGAUGAAAAUUAUGAUAAGUACAUCAGGACAUCUGAUGAAGACCAGAAGGUAAACAUUGACCCCAAAGCUACUCUGGCUCCAAUUAGAUAUCCAGAACUUGUUCGGAAUGGAGUGAAGGUGGAACCUGCUCAAAACCAGAAUGAUCCUGUAUCAGGUGAGGGUUUCAGGACAGUCUUGAAUAUGAAAGUGUCAGCUGAGGAAGAGAGCAAAAGCGAGGGAAAAUCAACUAAAAACUUGUCGGUGUCUACUGUUUAUACAAGUAAUUGUAGUCCAAUUCCUGAAGCAAUCAGUCGAAAUGUUAAUUUUCCUGACAAGGCAAGAGUUUCUAUGGAAAGUCAUCGCUCUGCAAAAAGCCCUAAGCCUAUUCCACCAUUAAUUGGGAAUGUGGGAAUGCAUACAUCUUUUUCUAGACCAGGAUAUGAUUCUAGCACACUGUCUCCCGGUACAUCAUUUCCAAUCACUAGUACCAAAGUACAUUCUGUAGGGGGAGAAAGGAAAACUACAUCAAGCCCCUUUCAACCUGUCAUAGUCAAGCACGAGUUUCAGCCUUCAGAGACAUCAAAGGGGAUUAAGCAAGAAUUUAUUACAUCUGGCUGUGCACAAUCUGACCCUAAUGAGACAUUCACUUCAUCCUCAAUGGAACACAGCAAAACAAUAACAGAGUCUAAGGGAAGUUUUGCAUUGAGUGAGGUGGGUAGCAGCAGAAGAAGUCCCCUUCCUAGUCAGGGAAUGGAGGAUCAGGAAAAGUCUUACAAGACAGCAGCCAGAGCUCUGACCAGACCACAAACAACUUUAAUCUCUAGGGGUGGUAGCUCACUUGGCCCUUCCCUCCCUGUGGGUGUGGCUCAUCCAUACCCCAGAGCAUCAGAUGGAGGUUCAGCUUCUACUCAUGGGAAAACAUCAGAAUACAAGACUUCUAGUGCUGUUUCUUCUGUGACAUCAGUCACAUACACAAGUACUUCUCCCAGACCUCAAGCUAGUCCCCACGAUGUAACAUCUGAGGUGCCACAACCAGAAAAGAAAGCCAAACAACUUCAAACACUGCAAGUCCCCAUUCCUAUUGGAGAAGUGUCCCCAGUAGCAAUGAAGAGAAGUCCAGGACCUGCCAUCCAUUCUGGACUUCCUCAGACUGUACUGCCAAUAAUUGGCCCAGGAAUUAAAACUCAGGGUUCCAUCUCAUCUCACCCUGCCAUUCGACCAGGAAUUAAGGCUUCAGGAGUGAACGAGCCAAUGAAAAGUGAAAGAAAAACUGAAAUUGUGCUUAGAGAGCCUUCACCUUCACCUUAUACAGUGUCUAAGUCACCCAUACCACGUUCACUAACUACUGUCAAGCCCUCUCCAGAAGGAAAAAGCCCACAACAGUUAGCCUCCAGUGCAGGAUCACACCUUAAAAUGACGAGGGCAUCUGAUGAGGGUGGUCAAGAGGACUCGGAGAUUGUGAUUGUGAAAGAAGACUCAGUUGCAUAUAGCUCUCCAAAAGACAAGAUGCUUUUGACUGAGAAGGAGAGGGGAAGACGAGAUAUCAGGGACUCCACUGCAGAGGUGAAUUUCAGAUCUCAUGAACACUUGUCUGCCGAACAGUUGAGGAAAUAUCAUCAGUAUGAACAGCAAGUGCUGCAGUUCUACCAGCUGAUUGCAAAUAUGCCACCAGAGCAGCAGCAACAGAUACUCUAUCAACAGAUGUUGUUUGAGCAGGAGAAACAGGGAAUGCGCAGUAGCAGCAGUUCAGGUCAUAUUGAAGCAAGAACUUUUGAAAAGAAAGAAGUUAAAAAACCCAGUGACAGAACACAGGAUGAAUGGAGAGCAGAUGAGUUGGCCAUUAAGAAAGCAAUGCCAGCAAGGACUUCUCCAGAUGAAAGUGAAUUCCGGCGAUUUCUGGGUCAAAGUGAGAGUUUGCCAUAUUUAUCAUCACAUAGCUCUUCACCCAAGAUGACACAACACAAGCUGUCUUCUGAUGAACCUCCUGAAAAGAAAAGCAGGGUUGAAGAAGCAUAUGAAUGUGAGAGAGAGAGGGAGCGUCUGAAGUACAAAAAAGAAGAGGAAUAUCUUCAGAAGCAAAAGCAACUGCAGCGGAUGUCAUCGUUCAAGCAAUUAGAGAGUGAGUUGGUUGGCACCUUACGUAAGCAACAAACAACUCCAGAAAGGUCAGAAAGACGUGGAAAUCUUAGUAGAGAAGAGGAAAAAAUGGAAAAUAGGAGUGAAAGUGGAAGGGACAUGGUGAAACACCGUUCUCAGGAAUCGUCAACAGGCACAGCAAAGGAAAUUUACCCUUCUUUUGGGGCAGAAAAUUCUCGUGGUGGCUCUUCCUCAGACCAGGUAUCUCCCCGCAGCCAGGUUAUUAAAUCUCAAUCCCUUUUGGCUCCAAGAUCUCCAAGACCUUCCAGGUCACCUUUACCAGCAGCAAGGUACAAAGAGAACUCCCCCUCUUCAGAUGAAAAAAGAGAAGGCACAAACUCACAUUCUACAAACUUUAUGCCAACUCAGUUUCAGGCGUAUUUGUCGCAGCUCAACUUUGACCCAUCGAGAGGGCAGUUACCAUAUGGUGCUCAUCAGAUGUUGCUCAGCCAACAGCUCCCACUUCCCACUGGAAUACCAGUAGUUAUGAGUAUGCCAAUAAGCAGCAAUGGAGAAUCAAGUGCUGUGACAUCAUCAAGUAGGGAACGUGAAACAAGAAGUCCCUAUCAGGUAGCAGAGAGGGAUCGUUCCUCCACACCCACACUUCAUUCUAGCUCCCAACCUUGUAUGUCAAAUACAGAAGCUCGUGAAAGAUUGCAAAAACUUAAAGAAAGUACCGAAAAGGAAGCUUGUCAUUCACCAGUUUUGUCUCAAGAUGAAAGAGUCAGAAAUCGUGGCACAUCAAGUGAGCCAAAGGUAUCACCGAAGUCUAGCUCCAGGUCAUCUGAAUUUAAAGGGGAGGGCAACUCUUUGCAUGCCCACCCAAGCAUGAUUGCUAACAACCUAGCAAUCAGUAGAAUGGCUGGUCAUGUGGAUGUAGUCUCAGAGGAGGAGAUAAGGAGAAGACAGAGGAUUGCAGCAGAAUUAAACGACCCAAGUCAAGCUAUUCACAUGGGCUUCUAUGGUCUCAUUGGACAGUUUGACCCAGCCUAUGCUUCUUCCAUGAUGCAAUCGUCUCCACAACACAUGAGCAGAGGCGUGGAACAUUAUAUGACAAAAAGGCAUUGAGUUCUGUCAAGAUGGAUCAGCAAAAAUAUACAACGUAUUGCACUAUUUCACUCUACGUCUAGAAAUUUAUGGAGAGUUGUUACAAGUUGAGUUUUGUGAAUGUUAGCACAAUGCUUAGUCUAGUUCCUUCUCUGUUUGCGUUACAAAAAUAUCAGUAAUAAUUGCAUACAGUUUAUGACUAUUGUCUUUUUGAAUGCUUUCCAUUUUACGUUUUUGACACUUAACUUACUGUACAGUACAAUGGCUCUCCAAUCUUCAUUUUUCUCUCCUUUUCUUUUCUACCUCUCGUGCUUUUUUGAAGCAAAAAAUUCAGUGGUUUUACUUGCCUCAAAAUUCAAAUUUUGUAAUAAUGUGACAGCAAGUGACCAAGUCAUACAAAAGUUACGAAUUUAAAUUGCAAUAAAUUUUCUUAACUACAUGCUCAAAGAGCUGUAAUUGUACUAUUAAUUUCUAAGGUUCCAUUCAAAAUAGGAUGUUUACUUUUUGCAGCAUUUUUGUACAUGCACACUACUUUAAUGUCUUUUCCAUAGCACUUUCACAGCCUUGGUAACCAUUUAAACUUUUCUUUGAAAGGAAAAAGUAGGUCCAUUAUUUUUUUAAGAUUGUAACUUUUGUACUGAACUUGUACAUGAUGGUAAUUUGCAGUGGUUAACACUACUUUUUUAAUAUUCUUGUGUGCAGUCCUGAGUUGUGUUUGCAUUAGAAUUAAUUUUAAAAGGAAAUUAAAGUAUUUGUCUUCUUUGGUAAUGGUAAAUUUAAGUGAUGGUGAAAGCUAUUUUUGUAAUGAUAGGUAUUUUUGGUAAAUCAAUGUUUCUAAAUAAUUGUACAGUAGUUUUUUUUUGAGUGGAUUAUAAUGUCAUGUGGAAACCUGACAAAUGUAUAAAAUUAGUAGAAAAUUAAAAUGAACAGUUUUCAACUUCA